AUGAAUAUAUAUAAUUUCAAUUUUGUUUAAUAAUUAGGAGGUGAAUUUGUUGAGUAUUAUAAUAAAUACUUUAUUCACUAAAAAGAACUGUCUUAAAUUGACCUCAGACAAAAUAGAAUAGGGUUCAAGUAAACUAUUAUUAAUAAAACAGUUAUUAGCUCUAUAAUAGAAAAAAAUUUUCUCAUUAAACGCUUCAAAGGAUACAGAAAAUUUAAAAGAAGUACAAUUAUAGAAUCAAUAAAAAGAUUACCAAAAUAGUAAAGUUUUUUUGGAAAAAAUAAUACUUGAAAGAAGAACAAUGUUAUAAAAAUUAUACGAUAAAUUUGGGGUUAAAAUAGAAACUGAUAUGCUCUAAUUAAAUUUUAAUGAAAUUUUAGUAUCAUUAGAUGAUGGAAUUGAUCUGAUUUAGAAGUAAAAUUGGUCUGAAAUCUUUAGAAGCAAGCAUAUUAGGAUAUUUAAAGAAAUUAAAAAUUCCUUAUAGAUACUUGAAUUGCUUGAAAAAAAUUAAUAGUCAUUUAUCAUGGAACUCAUAUAACUUUUCAAUAAACAGUUGGAAGAAAUAAAUCAAGAAGAUUAAUAAGAACAAAAAAUUGCUUAGAUUGAGAUGUUAAAUAUGACAAAUAAUAACAUUCAACAAUUAAAAAAGCAAUAUCAUAUUUAAGAUUGUAUAACUUCAGAAAAUCUUUUUAAUUGGGAUGAAUCAAUAUCUUAAAUUUAAUAGCUGAUUUAGAAUUUCAAAAAAAAUUUUUAAAUAAUUUAAUAAAGAAAUGAGAAUAUCUCACCAACUUAAGUUUCAUUUCAGAAACCAAUUGUAGAAUUCGUUAAAGAAAUAUUCAAUUAAAAUUAUUUUGAAAUAUAUUCUAAUUUGAGAAUUAAAUUGAUUAACUUCUUAAGCAAGAUAGCUGAAUUGAAGUAGAUUGUUUUUAAUGAAAAUUUUUUAACAUCAUUAUUAGAGGAAGCUUGCCUUGAUUAGAAAACAACCAUAUAAUUUAUAUCUGAAGGUUCUUCUUUCCUAUACUAAAAGAGUAAUAAUUCUAAUUAAGAAUUUAUUAUUGAUAAAGCAUAUACUUUUAUGCUCUAAAAUUUAAACAUAGAAAACAAUGGCUAAGGAGAUGGUUUUCUUGCAGAAUCUUCAUACAAAGUUAGAGAAGCAACAGUAUUCAAUUUAAUUAAAAUGUAAUCAUUUUUGCAUGAACCUAUAAUUUAGGAAUUUUGCUAAUCACUCUUGAAACAGAUAUGGACAAAUGAAAAACAUGCUAGCGUAAGAGGUAUUUUAAAAAAUAAAGAGAUGAUUGAAAUGUAGAAAAAACUAUUUUCUUAAGAUCUUGCAACAUUUUCUAAUAAAUUAAAGUUAGAAAUGCAGAAGAGGUUAAAGAGUAUAGAACAAUUAGACACUUAAGUUUUAAUAAGUGAUAAUUAAGCAUUAAUGAAGAAUUUAUGA